ACUGGGCUGUGUUCCCAACUCACUGAGGUGGGUCUGGGCCUCUGCUUAGACCUUGCUCGCUUCUGAAUGGUGGAGGAGAAAGUCCAGUUGCUGACACACAGACUUUCCAGGGGCCUCGGCCUCCAAAGUCACAGACCGUCCCUGACUUCACCACUGAUCAAAUCCGAAGGGACGCUGGGCACCCUGAAUCACCAUGGGCAACGAGAACAGCACCUCGGGCAACCAGCAAGAGGACUCCGGCUUGAAUAACGUCAUCCUUUGGCCUCCAAACCCUGAACCUCUGCAGAGGACUUCUUUGGCUCGGAGUCCAGGAUCCGUGGAACGGCCUGGGAAUGGUCAGAGUGCAGAAACGAAGCCGGAGGAGAAGUCCAGAAGCAAUGACCGCAGAGAUCUGCCCAGCGUCGGGCAUGGAGGUUCCUGCUCCACUUCUGAAGGUGCUUCCAGCCGGUAUCCCUGCAUCAUGUCCCCAGAGGUGACUGAGCCGAGGAAGCACCCACGGGAAGCCACGGGCCAAGAAGAUUCUCCACUGCCCAGCCCGCCGGAGCCCUGGGAGCAGGGGAGUCCCUUGGCCUCCGUGCCCUUUGCUGAGGGCACCCCGGAAGGUUGCUUGGCAAGCCCAGCAGCGGAACCUGAAGAUUGUCCCCUGGCUCAACACCCCCAGAGGGAACCUUCUCCAAAUGCCCCAGGAUACGCCCCAGCAGCCUUUGUCCCUGGGAUGGACAGCUCUACUCAGCGCAGGGUGGUUGCAAUCGCCCCCAGCGCCGGAAGAGAGAGAGGACCGAAGGAAGAGGAGGGGCAGAAACUGUCUUCCUCCAGUUCCAUUGGCCAGGUGCCGGGAAUUUCAGCAGCUGCUCCUCGAGAGCCGAUGACGGUGCAGCUGUGUGGAGAGGAUGGCCGGACUGGUGGUUUUGAGUCCCAAGGGAAAGAGGCUGCAGGUGGCUUUCCCCUGCCAGAGUCUGCGCGGGGAGCCCCCAUGGCCCCUGCUGCAGCCCGACCAGGCCAAGAGAGCUCAGCCGGCCCGGAAGAGUCCCCCCCAGAACCCGAGAACCCGACCCCGCAAGAUCCAGCCCCUAAAUGCCAAGUGGAGGGGCCGCCUCAGGACUUCACCGAUGACUCGGGGGCGCUCAGGGCCUGCCCUCCCAGCGGGAGUGCUCCAGGGGCGACCCAAGGAGCAGAAGCGAAGGUCGCUGCCCGGGAAAGCUGCCCGCGGCAAGUGGGAGCGCAUCCGCCGCCCACAGAGCUGCCCUGGGAGUCACUGGGUCCUGCCCUGGCACCGGGGGCCAGGGACUCUUGGGAGGAGACUCUGGUUGCCCCUGAUGCUCGGGGUCACUCGCAGACAGGGAGGCAAGGAGCUGAGCCCCGUCAGGCCGUCUGUGUGACGGCAGGUGACCAGCCCGAGGGGGGCCUGCUUGUGAGCCCCGAGCCCGCCCCACACGCGGCGACUGAGGAAACGGACCCAGCUUCAAGCCUCACUUCACAGCCAGCUGCUCGGGCCUCUGCUGCUGCAGAACAGCCCAGAGAGAUGAUUUCCGAUGCUGAGAGGCCCGUUCCUACAGAGUGGGCAGAAGCAGCGUUGGCAGGACAGGAGAAGCACGCAUCAGACCUCGGAGGAGAGGGAGCGGGUCCCGAAGGCGGCCCCGGAGAGGUUCCUAUCCCUUCACCCCCGGAGGAGAGGGAAGAGCUCUGGAAUAGGGAGCAAAGCCACGAGGUCCAGCAAGGGCUUCUGCCUCUUCCCCCUCCCGGCGCAUCAGAUGAAAAUGCCAGAAGGUCACUGGGGCCAAAGGAUGAAGGCAAAGCCCCCGAGGGUCCAGCUGUGGCUACGGAAAGCAGACAACCUGGGGCCGACCCUAGAGGACAGGAGGCAGCCCCAGAGCCCCCCGAGGGUGCAGAUCCUGGGAACCUUCAGGGAGAGCAACCCGAAGUCUGUGGCUGCAAGCCUGACCCAAAGGGGGAAAAGGACGAGGUUUCACAGCUAACUGGCGAUGUGGAGAGCAACAGCCUUCCCAGCAUGGCCUCAGCACAGCCACUCAGAAAGGAGGCCCCCGGGCACGUGGACAGGCCCGGCUCUCCAUCAGAAGAUGCAGCUUGGAGCUCGGCAGCCUGUGGGAUGAUGGGAGAAGCCCAAGUGGUCCAUGCAUCUGCUUCACUGCACCAGCUCCACGAGCAGGAUCCCAUCCCCCCCUCUGGGCCGGAUGGAGCCGGUAAACAUGUUUUUCCCGAGGGAGCUGUCUGGGAGGGGCCAGGACUGCAGACCAAGUAUCCUGACACCUUUCAGGAUGUGGGGGCAUUGGGAAGAAUGGACCCUCUUCCUGCUUUAGAAUCAGAGAAAUCGGAUUUCCUGUCAACUCCUGCUACAGAGGUCGUCCCCAAAGCCCAGGAGGCGGAGGGCAAAUCUGAAAUAAAGACGAGGAGCCACCCAUCCGCGCAGAGGCUGGGCAGCUGUGAUGCGGCGGGCUCGGUGACACCACCCCACGCCCAUGGGCUGGGGCGUGAUGCAACUGGACAGGAAGUCCACACCGAUGGGCCACCUCCCCCUGAGGAGGAGAACUUGGCAGUGGACUGUGGGCUCACGACCCUCAGCCUGGAGCUGGAUCAGCAGGAAACCCUGUCCUGCCCGGGGGACAGCGGGAUACGAGUGGCUGCAACCGAGAGGCCCUCACUGUGUUCUGAGAACCGUCUCCAGCUGUCCCAAACGGACCCAGAAGCAUCCACCUCCGAAACGCUCAGGGAGAAGUCCCAAUGGUGCGAAAGCGAGAAAGAAACUUCCCCAGGUGAUGCAGAGCUUAAGAACCUGGGUGCAGAUUCUCCCCAAAUCCACACACCUGUGGAACCUCGGGAAGAUGUGAGCUUGCCCACUCAUGGAGCAAAGGAACAGGCUUCUGAAUCAGAACUUCAGAGCGAGCUCCCCAAGGGCAGUCCGUCUGCUGCUCCAAGUUCACCUCCCGGGCACACGGUUCCGGAGAAUCGUACGACAGAGCCGCUGGAGUUGUCAGCACCAAAGAGACCGGAGUUGCCUGCACUAGGGGGGAACGGGCAAGGGGGGGAAUGCAGUGGCAGUCAGCUGUCCGGGGGCCCACCUCCUGCCGCAGACACCUUACAAGACUCUUCUCUUGCAUGUAGCUUGAGCAGAAAGGAAAGUUGCUGUGCUGGACAGGGGCCAAACAAGUCCCAGCAGGAUCUGGUUGAUGGGCGGAAAGCUGGCAGCCAGCAUGAAGAGGCAUGUCUCGGGGAUGCAGGCAUUUCGGAAGCAGCUGACGCUUGGCCCCCGCUCCAGGACUUGGGUGAGACAGAGAAGGCAAGUGGGAACACAGUGGGGGCCCCGCCUUGUCGGCCUGAUUCAGUAGCUCUCCUGAAGGCAGCUCGCUGCCCACCAGCUCCAGCACCUGCCGGCCCCAGAGUCACACCCACCCAGGAGGCCCCAGAGAGAGAGGCCGGGGAUGAAACCCAGGAGGGCAGGCGGCGGUCGGGGUUAGCCCCACACAAGGAAAUGGAGCAUCCCACCGCCACGGAUGCAGAGCCCCAGAAGCUUCUUGAAAGUUUCCCAUCAGCCGAGGAUCAAGGUGCGGGUGGUGGGACGGCUGGGAUUGGUGGGAACGCUGACGGAGGAGACCUGGGGACCCAACGGGCUCCGGGGGAGCCAGGAGAAGCUGCUCGGAGUGGGGGCUUCCUCCCAACAGAGCAGUGCCCCUCCCCUGGGGAGGAAGCUUCUACCUGGGCCCUAGGUGAGCCCUGCCAAGCUGAGCAGCCCUCCGCCAGCUGCCAGGAUGCCUUGCUGCCAGCCAGGGAGCUGGGUGGGAUUCCCAGGAGCGCGGUGGAUAUUUCUGCAGCCCAGGCUGUCCCUGACUCAAAGAGGCUCCUGUCGUCCAGGCCACCAGAAGAGGCUGCCCCUGACACUCCUUACUUGCAUAUGGAGGGUGCUGCCAGGAAAGGGGCAGAAGACAGUGGCGUGGAAGCUGUUUCACCUCAAGGCCUCAGAGCUCCUGGCGAAAGCCCUUGUCCCACACGGGAGCCCCUGCUUGUCUUGGAAAAUGCCUCCUCCACGAAGGUACCGUGUGGCUCCCCUGCCUCCCUCUGGCAACCAGGAGCUGCAGGUGAGGAAAUCUCUGCCGUGCCAGCCAGCAGCGGAAGCCCCCAAGCUGGGACCUUUGAGGGACCUGUGGACUCCAUACCCUACCUGGACAGGGUGCCACUUCUGGCCAAGGGAAAGCAGACCGCAGAGGAACAGAAAGGCUCAAGAACUCCCGGGGCAAGUGCCAAGCCCAGUGAACUUUCGGCACACCUUGCCAGUGAGGGGAGCACAGCAGGUGAUGCAGCAGGGGAGAGAGAGCGCAGUGGGGAGAGGAUGGUAGACCCUUCCAAGGAUCCCAGGAAGGGAGCAUCAGCUGGCGUAGACGCAAGCCCCAGGCAGACCAGUAUGAUCGCUGGGCUCCCUGACUUCAGAGAGCACAUCACCAAGAUCUUUGAGAAGUCUGUGCUUGGAGCCCUGACCGCCGAUCGGCCCCAGAGCACACUGGGAGAAAAGGCAGGAGCUGGGAAGAGUGUGAUGGGCAAGGACCUCGCCACGCCAAGCCCAGAGAAGCUUCCAGAUGGGACUCAAGGAGUGGCCAUCGCCCCUCUCCCCACCACUCCUGCCGGACUCUGCUUACAGUCAAAGGAGGAGAAGCAAGAGCUGACUGUAGAGGCUGAGAUUUCUCGUCUGGGUCCCCAGGAUCCAGCUCCAGAGAAGCUGCCGGGGCCGGCACGGCCAGCUGCAGAGCAGAGCCUGCCAGGGGCCAGCGUGGGGAAGGAAAUGAGUGGGGCUCCACAGAUGCUGACAGAAAGCAAGAAGCCAGAGGGGUCUGGGGAAGGCUGGCCGGGGCUUGGGAGCCAGGCCCUCUCCCAGCAGGAAAGCGGCCGGCAGGAAGCAGCUUCGGGUCUGUCUUCACAGGUGACUUCUCCAGAGAUUCCCGAUGCUGACUUGCAGGUGGCUCCCCAGAGCUGUGGAGAAGGGGACGCAGUUCAAGACGACAGAAUUCCUCCUGGAAAACAGCACCAGGAGACAUCUAGCCGAGACAGUCAACCUAGAGAAGAUGGUGCCCAGGGCUUUUCUCACCCAGGGGCUCUGGGUGACAUGUCGGUGCCCACCUCUGCCCAGGGAGCAUCUUCUCCCCAUGGGAUUGUUCCGACUGUGGCCGAGGCCAUCAGUGAGGCCUGUACCCCAGACACACUUAGGGGUGAGAGGAGGCAUGAAGGUGCUGCUGGGAUCUCGGAAACACAGAACGCCCUGGGCACCCAGAGCACCCUGGAGCCACCAGCUGGGGAAGUGGUGGAUACUCCCCUGGAGCCCGGCUUGGGAGCAGAAGCUGCUAGGGAAGCAGAGGAUGACAUCACUUUGAGCACAGCUGAGACCGGGGCACGUGUGUCUGCCCACCUGCCUGAAGCAGGUACUACGAGAAUGUUCUCUGGUGCGGCUUGUGCCUCGGCUCUGCCAGGAAGCCUUGGGGACCCCAGCUGCUGUGAAGGGGCUCUGAGGAUGGAGGCUGCAACCGCCCCGAGCGGGGACAGCCCGGCCGGGUACCCGCAGGCUGAGGGGCAGCCCGGGCCUGAGCCCCCCACUCCUGCUGGCGACGGGAAGGUGCCUGUCUCCUCACCUGCAGAACCUGACGAGAUUCGGGACCUGAAGCUGCAAAGCCUGGAUCCAGAAGCGCUCGACGCCGAGAGAAAGCGCUCUGGGCCCGGCCCAUCCACCCUACCUUCGGUUCCCGAGGAGGAUGCUCCAACUGUCAUGGGCGAGGUCACUUCAGACAAGACCCGAAGUGCGGGCGGAGCAGAAAGUGCAUCUCAGUUUGGACGGGCCACACUCCAAGCCCUCAACAGUUCCACAUGUUCACCUGUAGUGGAUGAUGUCAUCGAACCAGCUGCCCUUGAAGACCUGGAAAACCCUCUCUUAGCUGCCUUCUCCCCCCACGGUGAUGUCAGCGGCUGGGUGUCCCCGGAUUUGACAGCCCAGAGCACCCACCCAGCUGCUGCCCGUGCGGAUCUCACUCCCCUGGCCUCAGAACACACAUCUCUGCCUUCCGCCCCAGCUGGUGAUGGACACGCAUCUUUGCCUUCCACUCCAGCUGGUGAUGGAGUCGAAGCUUCCAUUCCCUCCUGCCAAGGUCUAGCCAAGGACUUAAGCAGGAGUUCUGACUCUGAAGAAGCAUUUGAGACCCCGGAGUCAACGACCCCCGUCAAAGCUCCACCGGCCCCACCUCCGCCACCCUCUGAAGUCGUUCCAGAACCCGAGGUCAGCGCUCCGCCUCCCCCAGAAGAACCAGGAUGUGGCUCUGAGCCGGUCUGUGUCCCCGAUGGCCCCCACAGCAGCUCGGUGGAAGGAAGUCCUUUCCGUCCUCCGACACAGUCCUUCUCCUCCGUCUUCGAUGAAGACAAGCCGAUAGCCAGCAGCGGGACUUACAACUUGGACUUUGACAACAUCGAGCUGGUGGAUAAUUUUCAGACCUUGGAGCCUCGCUCCUCAGACUCUAAGAAUCAGGAUUGCAAGGUGAGCUCGCGGAGGAAGUCCACGGACUCUGUCCCCAUCUCUAAGUCGACGUUAUCCCGCUCGCUCAGCCUGCAAGCCGGUGACUUUGAUGGUGCUUCUUGCUCAGGCAACCCCGAGGCCGCGGCCCCGGCCCCGGAUGCACAUAGCACGGGUUCGAGCAGUGCUUCCAGUACUCUUAAGCGAACUAAGAAACCGAGGCCACCUUCCUUAAAAAAGAAACAGACCACUAAGAAACCCCCUGAAACCCCCCCAGUGAAAGAGACACAGCAAGAGCCAGCCGAAGAGAGUCCCGACCCCAGCGAGGAGAAUCGAAUCGCCGAGACGAAAACGGAAUCGGCCAAGACGGAAGGUUCUGGACCAGCCUUAUCGGAGGAGGCACCCGUAGAACCUGCUGCUGUGCCCAAGGCUGCCUGCCCUCUGGACUCCGAGGGUGCAGAAGGGGCCAUCCCCCCAGCUUCUGGGGGUGGCAGAGUGCAGAACUCACCCCUCGCUGGAAGGAAAGCAUUGUCUCCUGCCACGGCCCCAGAGGUGGUGGAGGUGUCCCCAUUGGAUACUGGGGGGCAAGAGGACUCCCCAGCCAAAGGCCUCUCAGUGAGGCUGGAGUUUGACUAUUCUGAGGACAAGGGUAGUUGGGACACCCAGCAGGAAAACCCCCCUCCCACCAAAAAGAUAGGCAAAAAGCCGGUUGCCAAAAUGCCCCUAAGGAGGCCAAAGAUGAAAAAAACACCCGAAAAACUCGACAACACUCCUGCCUCGCCUACCAGAUCCCCUGCUGAACCCAAUGACAUCCCUAUCGCUAAAGGUACCUACACCUUUGAUAUUGACAAGUGGGAUGACCCCAAUUUUAACCCUUUUUCUUCCACCUCAAAAAUGCAGGAGUCUCCCAAACUGCCCCAACAGUCAUACAGCUUUGACCCGGACGCCUGUGACGAGUCCACUGAGCCCUUUAAGACAUGCUCUAAGACCCCCAGCUCACCUUCUAAAUCCCCAGCCUCCUUUGAGAUCCCAGCCAGUACCGUCGAAGCCAAUGGAGUGGACGGGGAUGGGCUGAACAAGCCCGCCAAGAAGAAGAAGACGCCCCUCAAGACUGACACAUUUAGGGUGAAAAAGUCGCCAAAACGGUCUCCUCUCUCUGAUCCACCUUCUCAGGACCCCACCCCCGUGACCACGCCGGAAACGCCGCCCGUCAUCUCCGCGGUGGUCCACGCAACCGACGAGGAGAAGCUGGCGGUCACCAACCAGAAGUGGACGUGCAUGACGGUGGACCUGGAGGCCGACAAGCAGGACUACCCGCAGCCCUCGGACCUGUCCACCUUCGUCAACGAGACCAAGUUCAAUUCGCCCACGGAGGAGUUGGAUUACAGAAACUCCUAUGAAAUCGAAUAUAUGGAGAAAAUUGGUUCCUCCUUACCUCAGGACGACGACACCCCGAAGAAGCAGGCCUUGUACCUUAUGUUUGACACUUCUCAGGAGAGCCCGGUCAAGUCUCCCCCCGUCCGGAUGUCGGAGUCCCCGACGCCGUGUUCAGGCUCCAGUUUUGAGGAGACUGAAGCCCUUGUGAACGCCGGGGCAAAGAUCCAGCAUCCCGUUGCACGAGGGCUGGCCCCCAGCCAGGAGCCACACUUGCAGGUGCCAGAGAAAUCCUCCCAGAAAGAGCUGGAGGCCAUGGCCUUGGGCACCGCCUCAGAAGUGAUCGAAAUUACAGCUCCUGAGGGCUCCUUUGCCUCUGCUGAUGCCCUCCUCAGCAGGCUAGCUCAUCCAGCCUCUCUCUGUGGUGCGCUUGACUAUCUGGAACCCGACUUAGCAGAAAAGAACCCCCCAGUAUUUGCUCAGAAACUUCAGGAGGAGUUAGAGUUUGCCAUCAUGCGGAUAGAAGCCCUGAAGCUGGCCAGGCAGAUCACCCUGGCUUCCCGUAGCCGCCAGGACACCAAGAGAGAAGCUGCUCACCCAACAGACGUCACCAUCUCCAAAACAGCCUUGUAUUCCCGCAUCGGGACGGCCGAGGUAGAGAAACCCACAGGCCUUCUGUUCCAGCAGCCUGACCUGGACUCCGCCCUCCAGAUCGCCAGGGCAGAGAUCAUAACCAAGGAGAGAGAGGUCUCGGACUGGAAAGAUAAAUAUGAAGAAAGCAGGCGGGAGGUGAUGGAAAUGAGGAAAAUAGUGGCCGAGUAUGAGAAGACCAUCGCCCAGAUGAUAGAGGAUGAACAGAGGGAGAAGUCAGUUUCCCACCAGACGGUCCAGCAGCUGGUCCUGGAGAAGGAGCAGGCCCUGGCCGACCUGAACUCGGUGGAGAAAUCUCUGGCCGAUCUCUUCAGGAGAUACGAGAAGAUGAAGGAGGUCCUGGAGGGCUUCCGCAAGAAUGAAGAGGUGCUGAAGAAAUGUGCGCAGGAGUACCUGUCCCGAGUAAAGAAGGAAGAGCAGAGGUACCAGGCGCUGAAGGUCCACGCGGAGGAGAAGCUGGACAGGGCCAACGCUGAGAUCGCCCAGGUCCGGGGCAAGGCCCAGCAGGAACAGGCUGCGUACCAGGCAAGCCUGCGGAAGGAGCAGCUUCGAGUGGACGCUCUGGAAAGAACGCUGGAGCAGAAGAAUAAAGAGAUAGAAGAACUCACCAAGAUUUGUGAUGAACUGAUUGCCAAAAUGGGGAAAAGCUAACUUUGAACCAAAUGUUUGGACUUUGACCAUUGCGUGCAAUAUGACCGUCGGCACACUGCUGUCCCUCUGGUUAUGUGGACAGGUUCUGUUUUCACUUUUUCGUAUGCACUACUGUAUUUCCUUUCUAAAUAAAGUUGAUUUGAUUAUAUGCAGUACUAAGGAGACUAUCAGAAUUUCUUGCUAUUGGUUUGCAUUUUCCUAGUAUAAUUCAUAGCAAGUUGACCUCAGAGUUCCUGUAUCAGGGAGAUUGUCCGAUUCUCUAAUAAAAGACAAAUCGCUGACCUUGGCCUUGCCCUUUGUACAUGAGUUUCCAGGGUGAGCGGCUUUUGGAUUUAAUAUGAUCAUGUACAGCUUGCAAAGGGACUCUUGCCUUAAGGAGUGUAAACUUGAUCUGCAUUUGCUGAUUUGUUUAAAAAAAAAAAGAAAAUGCAUGUUUCAAAUAAAAUUCUCUAUUGUAAAUAAAUUUUUUUCUUUGGAUCUUGGCAAUAA